AUGGCACCAGAUCCCAGAACAUCAGACCACAUGGCACCAGAUCCCAGGACAACAGAUCCCAGAGCACCAGAUCCCUGGGCACCAGACCCCAUGGCACCAGAUCCCAGGGUACCUGAUCCCUGGCACCAGAUCACAGGAUACCUGAUUCCAGAGCACCAGAUCCCUGGGCACCAGAUCACAAAUCUCCAGAUCCCAGAGCACCAGGUCCCAGUGCACCAGAUCCCUGGGCACCAGGUCACAGGAUAUCUCAUCCCAGGGCAGCAGAUCCCAGAGCAUCAGAUUCCUAGGCACCAGAUCCCUGGGCACCAGAUCACAGGAUACCUGAUCCCAGGACACCAGAUCCACCAGGUCCCAGAGCACCAGAUCCCAGAACACCAUAUCCCAGGGUACCAGAUCCCUGGGCACCAGAUCACAGGAUACCUGAUCCCAGAGCAUCAGAUCCCAGGGCACCAGAUCCCAGAGCACCAGAUCGGGGCGUACCCUGAUUGGGGCAUCCCAGAGCACCAGAUCCCUCGGUGCCAGAUCCCAGAGCCCCAGAUCACAGAGCAUGAGGUCAUAGGGCGCCAGAUCCCAGAGCACCAGACCACAUGGCACCAUAUCCUAGAGCAUCAGACCACAAGGCACCCAAUCCCAGGACAACAGAUCCCACAGCACCAGAUCCCUGGACACCAGAUUCCAGUAGACCAGAUCCCAGAGCACCAGGUCCCAGAGUGUCAGAUCCCGGGGCACCAGAUCCCGGGGCACCAGAUCCCGGGGUACCAAUUCCCAGAGCACCAGAUCCCAGGGUUCCAGAUCCCACGGUGCCAGACCCCAGGGCGCCAGACCCCAGGGCACCAGACCCCAGAACGCCAGAUCCCAGUGUGCCAGAUCCCAGAGCAUCAGAUCCCUGAUCACCAGAUCCCAGAGCACCAGAUCCCAGAUAACCAGUUCCCAGGGCACGAGAUCCCAGAGCAUCAGUGUCCUUGGCACCAGAUCCCAGAACACCAUAUCCCAGGGUACCAGAUCCCUGGGCACCAGAUCACAGGAUACCUGAUCCUAGGGCAUCAGAUCACAGGGUGCCAGAUCGGGGCGUACCGCGAUCGGGGCAUCCCAGAGCACCAGGUCCCAGAGCGUCAGUCACCAGGGCACCAGAUCCCAGGGCACCAGAUCCUAGAGCAUCAGACCACAAGGCACCCGAUCCCAGGACAACAGUUCCCACAGCACCAGAUUCCAUUCCUGUCGGCUGGGACAGUGUGCCGAGCUGCCGCGGGGUCCUGUGACCUUCCGGAAUACUGCACCGGAUCAUCUGCCUACUGUCCCGGGAAUGUUUACCGUCUGGAUGGUUCUGAGUGUGAGGGUAACCGUGGAUACUGCUACACUGGGAUGUGUCAGUCACACCAGUUACAGUGUGAGGAGCUGUGGGGCCUAGGUGCCCGGACUGCCCCAGCUGUUUGUUUUGAGGAUGUGAAUGGAGCCGGGAACAUUUAUGGAAAUUGUGGGAAGGAUCCGAGUGGAGACUUUGUGAAGUGCUCGAAGAGCGAUGUGAUGUGUGGGAAGAUUCAGUGUCAGAGUGCAGCGGUAAACCCCAGGGAGUGGAACACCGUGUCCAUCGACACCACGGUGAGGCGGGAUGGCAGGGAUAUCCAAUGUCGGGGGACGUACCUGCACUCGAGUGAACACGAGGACCUCCCUGACCCAGGCCUGGUCAACACGGGCACCAAGUGUGGAGAUGGCAAGGUGUGUCUGGAUCGAAGGUGCCAGAACAUCUCGCUCCUGGGUCUGAGAGAAUGUUCCGGAAAGUGUCACGGCCACGGGGUGUGUAACAGUAACAGGAACUGUCACUGUGAUCCUCACUGGGCGCCCCCGUUCUGUGAGCGAGGAGGACUCGGGGGCAGCAUCGACAGUGGACCCAUCCUCCCCGACGACCAGAAGCCUCUGCUGAUUGGGCUGUUAUUGAUCUUCUUGUUGGUGAUCCCAGGGACCAUGCUGUCUGUGUUCUGCUGUUAUCGGCAUCGAGCUGUUAUCCACACUCAAUGGCAGGAGUGUUACAGACCACCAGCCCAGGCACACAGACCCGUCUCGAGGCGAGAUGAGGACAGCUCACAGCCCAGCAUGUGCUUGAGGAUUCUCCUCAAUCUCUCCCCCAUGGAGCUGGAUCAAGCUCAGUUCCCAUCUCAGCCCUCAAGGCCUGGGCACAUGGUCCACAAAUCUCCCAAGGCAAGGCCUCUAGAUUCCAGGCUCAGGAACCAGGAAAGGCCCCAGCGACCGCCCGCUCCCUCAGGUACAACGUUCCAGCUUCCCAACCAUCGGAAAGGUCAGCCAGGGAAGAGGGAACCUCCAAGGAAACCCCCUCCACCUUCCCUCUCACAGAAACAGGCUUCCCAGCCAAUGUACCGGCCUGUUCCUCAGCGGCCAGCACAGCCGUCACCCCACACUGGGAGGAGAGGUCCCCUGGGCCAGCCACAGCGGCCAGCACAGCCACCACCCCACACUGGGAGGAGAGGUCCCCUGGGCCAGCCACAGCGGCCAGCACAGCCGUCACCCCACACUGGGAGGAGAGGUCCCCUGGGCCAGCCACAUGUGGCCAACAUUAUCGCACACUUCUCCAAUUCACCAGGAGGACACCAACUGCAGGCCAGCCAGAAAAACACUGACCAAUCACAGAUGAGGCACUGAUGGAGACAUCGCGAUUGGAUGGGAGCAGCAGAGCCUGGCGCGGGGGUGGGGGUGGGGUGGGGGGACUAUCCAGGUG